AUGACGGAGAUCGCUCCCCGUGAAGUCACCCCGCCUCCCCUGCAACCACCCACGGCCAAAGAACGGAAAUACGACCGCCAAUUGAGAUUAUGGGCGGCCUCUGGGCAACGCGCUCUGGAGGAGUCCCACGUCCUCUUAAUUGUGGGCGACGAGGGCUUUGGCUCCAACAGCAGCGUUGCUGGUGCCGAAGCCCUGAAGAACCUCAUCCUUCCGAGCGUGGGCAGCUUCACGAUUGCAGAUUCAGCGUCGGUGACUGAAAGAGAUCUCGGGAUCAACUUCUUCCUGGAGUCGGACGGCCUUCACAAAUCAAGAGCAGACGAGAUGAGACGGCUGCUACAAGAACUAAACCCCGAUGUGACCGGUCACGCAAUUUCGGCUCCCUUGAUGGAUUGGCUCUCUGCGCAAGGCUCCCUCAAGCCGUACAAUCUGAUCCUCCUCUGCGCUCCAGUGUCUCAGGAACCUCUCGAGAGAAUAUGUACGUAUGCGUUAGAGAACUCGAUACCCGUCAUCUAUGUCCAAUCAGCCGGAUUCUUUGGUUCUUUCUCGAUCCAACUGCCGUCCGAAUUCCCCAUUGUGGAUACUCACCCUGAUCCGGAGAGCACCCAAGACCUCCGUCUGCUGGCACCCUGGCCUGAACUAGACGCUGAAGUCGAUUCUCUGGGGGACCUGUCAUCGCUCUCAGAUCACGAUCACGGCCAUAUCCCAAACAUACUCAUUCUCCUGCACUACCUUCGACGAUGGCGGCUCGAUCACGAUGACAAGUACCCCUCCUCCUUCAAGGAAAAGACCGAGUUUCGAGAGUUGGUGAAAUCGGGCGCAAGAACAAACAAUCCCGAAGGUGGCGAAGAGAAUUUUGACGAAGCUGGUGCGGCGGUGCUCAAGGGUAUCGCUCCACCACCGAUAGGCAGUGGGUGCAAGGAGAUGAUGUCUAUGCCUUCCUGCACCAACCUGACCGCAGACUCGGCAAACUUCUGGGUGGUCGCAAACGCCAUCAAAAAGUUCUAUGAUGCUCAUGGCGUUCUACCGCUACCGGGAACUCUGCCAGACAUGAAAGCCACCAGCGCAGAUUACGUCAAGCUUCAGACCAUUUACAAGGCCAAAGCGCGAGCUGAUGUGGCCGAAGUGACCAAGCUGGUUCGAGAAAUUGAGGCGUCCCUUUCACGGACGGCUUCCCAGGUGCCAGACUCGGAGAUCGAAGCCUUUUGCAAAAACGCCUCCCACGUUCGCGUUUUGACGAACCCUGCUAAAGAAGCUCUGCCUUCACUCCGCCUGAUGCUACCGGAUCCCAAACUCUCAUCUCGUUUAACAUCCACUAUCGAAAAUGAUUGGGAAUCCCUGUUUCCUGUCUUCAUUGCUCUCAACAGUCGAAUCUUCCCGCCAGACAUGCUCCGCGAUGUGACUUUGACGUUAUCCGACCCCGAAACCCAAGAGAAUAUUACCAAGGCCAUCAUGGAAGCCGAGCGCGCCGAUGGCGGCGAAUUGCAUAACAUUUCCAGUAUCGUAGGAGGCAUGGUCGCGCAGGAGGCCAUUAAGCUCCUCACGAGGCAGUAUGUCCCUGUCGAUGGGACUUGUGUUUUUGACGGCAUAAAGAGCAAAUCCGGAGUCUUCAAGAUUUGA